AUGCAGCGCGACUUACAGCAACUUCACGAGAAUGGGAUCGGAAACUGUCUUUUAAGCAGCAUGCACUUGUUGGCAAAUAUGAUGCAGCAGCUUAGUUUUGAACUUAUGAGUACGCCAUCAGGAAACUGGCCGGCACAUUUGAAUGCCGCCACUAACCUAUUUGAGCAAAUUCUCGAGCACCAUGGCAAGACUGGCUCAACCAGACAGAUGUCCACCGUUCUCGACAAACUCUCUCGCGCUACCUGGCCGGGUGCGGAUGAUGCUUUAAAUACCGAACAGGGAGCAUUCCGCUUCUUUUCUAGUCUUUUACUGGUUGCCGAUAUUAUCUCCAGCACGGUGCUUGACCAACCUGCGAAGCUACUUCAGUAUCACUGCGAGCUCCGACGUAGCGGUUCACCCCAGCAGCCUAUCAUAGACCUAGAAGAGAUUACCGGGUGCCAGACCUGGGUUCUGCUGGCUAUAAGCGACAUUUCAAUCCUUUCACAGUGGAAAAAAGACCAGAUGAUAAGUGGCAAGUUGUCAAAGGAUGAGCUCAUUUACCGAGCUACCUCGCUCGAGAGAAUUCUAAACAACGGCCUUGAUGAACCACGCCAAGGUUUCUACACAAAACACAGCCCCCAACAUACCCGGCCAUUAGAGUCGCUGCUCAAUCAAUCUGUCUCUCCCAAAGGCGAUUCUUGCGCUCCGUCAAAGGACAAGCUCCCAAUGACGCGAAUUUGGAUCUAUGCCGCGCGCUCGUAUCUUCUUUCUGUCAAGUUAGAUAACGACACAAAGCCAUUUGAGCUGGACACAAACGUGAAACUGACAAUCCAGGCUUUUGGCGCCGUCACUUCGUCUCCAUGGCUGCGCUGGCUUGCCUGGCCACUCUGUGUAACUGGCAUCUAUGCUAGCAAAGAACAACGGCCAGCCGUUCGCAAAAUAAUGGAUAUGAUGUGUGAUUUUAAAGCCUUUAGUGCUAUCCAGGCAGCAUUUAACAUUAUUGAAAGAACAUGGCAGAGUCAAGAAACAGAUGAAGAGUAUUCAGACUUGUCCAGAUGUUUCACUAUACUAGGAUAUAAGACUCUAUUAUUAUAA